AAAGCUCCCUAACCAGUCUCAGAGUUAUUAUCGUCAUUUUAUACGGCAGGGAUUCAUCCAGCACUCGGAUGAGACGGAUCCAGAGCGGGUGAAGCAGAUCAUUGCCCGUGCUGUGGAGGACGGAAAGUGGAUUGUUGAGAAGUAUUCAGAGAAACAGAAGUGAGGGCAUUCAGUCUCAAAUCCAGUUAACAUCCACAAUGGAAACCAACAUAGAAGAAGUACAAGUGGAAGCAGUUCCCAACCAGUUCUGGGGAGCUGUAAAAAUUUUCACUGAGAAGCCACACGUCAUAAACCGUAGGAUUUGUGGAACUGUCAACCUGUGGAUUGGUGUUUGUGAGGAAGAUUUCAAUAGGGAAGAACUGAUUAAAGCUUUGAUUGAAACAAUUGAAUGUGAUUGCUGUGACAAACAAAACAGUGAUCAAAAUAUAAAAAUUGGUGACAGUUCUAGUAUUCAGAUGAGUUUGAUUCAAAAGAAAUUGGAAAGUUAUAGUUUCAAAUCACUUUCUCUGUGUGAUAAUAUAAAAUCAAAAGAAGACCAUGAUAUCUUAGAAACAAAAGAAAGUGACACAGGCAGCGAAUCACAGCAUGACAACAUUUCAACCUGUCAAGAACCAAAAUGGAGCAUCCCUUGGGAGUAUUUAGUCAAAGCCUCACAUAGCAUUGCAGUCAUUCGGAAAGUGCUCCCUAAACAAGUAGACAAAUUUUCACCUGCUGCUGAGGUAAUACUGUUGGAUGGGGAGAGGAAGAGAGCAUCUUACAUGACCGAGACAAAAUCAGCUCAGCCGUCCAUCAAUCCCAAAGUCAACUACUCCAUUUCCUUCACCACCACUGGGGUUUGCAUGUCACACUUCAGAGAGGAAGAGCAGGAUGGGGAAGCCAGUGUGGUGUGGCUCAAGAAAAAUGUCCUUCCAAAAGUGGUGAAGUGGAUGAAUGAAGUGUCAGAAGAGGGACUUGUGGAGAACCGAGGCUCCCUGCAACUCAUUGAUGUUGCCGAGUACAAUGAAGUGUAUCAAAGGCUCAAGGUGAAAUAUGGGAAGCCUCUAGUGAAGAUGUGGCCAGAAGUGACAGAUCCACUGAAAUUUGUGUAUGAGGAUAUCGCAAUAGCUGCUUACCUCAUCCUCCUGUGGAAGCAAGAGAGGCAGAGGAAAGGCCUUGUCUCCCUCCAGACCUUUGUUGACCUUGGCUGUGGCAAUGGCCUGCUGGUGUACAUUCUGUCAGGAGAGGGACACAAGGGACUGGGUAUUGAUUUAAAGAAGCGCAAGAUUUGGGACUUAUUUCCAAGCCAUGUAAACUUAAAGGUAGAUGCCAUUGAACCAUCUGACAAGAAUCUUUUCCCUGACUACGACUGGCUUAUCGGCAACCACUCUGACGAACUGACUCCCUGGAUCCCUGUCAUGGCAGCAAAGUCCGGAUGCAACACCAGGUUCUUUGUGAUUCCCUGCUGUGCUCACGACUUCAGCCACAAGUACCGAAGGAGACACGCAGGCAGGAGUCAGUACUGUGAUUACCUGGAGUAUGUGCAGGAGAUUGGUGGUGUGUGUGGCUUUGAAGUGAAGGAAGAUAAGCUACGGAUUCCCUCUACCAAGAGAAUAUGUAUAGUAGGAGAUGAAAGAGUCAAUGAAUCUGAAUACACCAGCGUUUCAGAAAGAAUUGAUAGUUUUAUUAAAGAAAGAACUAAUGCUGCCCAACAGUCACUUGAUGCAAUGAGGGACAAAGAUCAUUCUGUCGUUGGUGAAGAGAGUUCUGAGUGUAGCAGUAUGUGGACAGAACACUUUAAGGCAAGGGAAAGUACACAACCAGUUAGAAAUUGUACUCAGUUGAAGAGAAGCAUCAGAGAGGACAUCAUCUCAGCCAUUGCAGGUGUCCUUCUCGAGAAAAAACACCUGGUGGAAGUUGAUGUUGGAGGUGGUGUGAGUGUGAAGUGGCAGCGUGGCGGUAGUGUGGCCCUCGGUGACCUUGCCAGACGCCUGGACCGCCAUCUUCUAGCUGCAAUGAAGAAGGAAUGUGGAGGAUUACAAACACUGUUGAAAAAUUACCGAUACAUUUUCAAUAUCUCCAAUGGUGAAGUCAGCCUCCAGGUUCCCGAGCCGGCCUGGAAGAAGAGCAGCAGCAGCCUCGUGAAGACCAAGCUGUGUUGGUUCCACGCAAACCAUGUCGCUGGUUGUCCUCUGCCGCCCACAUGUAUGUUUGCACACGGUGAGGAAGACUUGCGAUGUAAACCAAACUCCUAAUGCUCAAUUUGUAUAUAUUGAUGCAAAAUAAAUGUUAUAACCAA